GCGGAGUUCACUUGACUUUCAAGCGUCAUCUGCUUUUAGUAAAACUGUUCUGAAGACAAGUGAUGGCUGCUCCACCUGUCCUGGUGUCGGACAAAACCAGCAACACUCUCCAGUUUCCUUUUAUGACUGCAAACUUGCGUGACGCAAUUUCUACACGGAUUUCAAAGUUUAACUGAAGCGCUGAACUGUUUUUUUUUUUUUUGCUUGUUUUUUUUCUCUCUCAUGGACAUCGUGGAAUAAAUCUUCCCCUUGUGAACAGUUUUCUUUGACUGUUUUUUGUAAAUUUAAUAUGGUAACAGGUGUUUUUGCUAUCCUAAGCUAUCUAAGCUAGGGCGGCGGCCACCGUUACAGUAGGCUAUAGCCUAUAAAGUAAAAUUAGUGUGCGAAAAUGGAGCACUUUAAGUACAUUAUGGAAGUGUACGAAGUCACGUGUUCUUCCAAAAAAAAAAGAAGAAAAAAUGGUAUUUUACUGCGCUUCACCCCUGGGACAUCUUUUAAUGGGAGCUUAAGACAGAACCGAGUCUCAUCUCACUUGAUGCAAACAGUGCAUGUAGUCAUGACGAUUUAUUGGAUUCUUGCACUACUUCUAACUGGUGUUUCCUCUGUUUCUGUGGUUCUGAAUCACCCGACAUCACUUCCCUGCGGCUGCGGUGAAAAAGUCGUGUGGAGGAAGACCUUCCCCAUAAAAGCAACUGUUGCUGAAUGCCAAAAGAAGAAAUGUGUUGUAACAGAACGUUUUAAGGAAAGAUUUGCAGUCACACAUGAAAAAAACUACUCUCUAUUUCUUAAGUCAGCAAAAUAUAAUGACCUGGGGCAAUACAUGUGCAGCUGUGACGGCUUUGAGAGGCAAGUUAUCCUGGAGGUUGUAGUUGCUAUAAACGUGACAGCUGUCGAGCUGGGAAACGUCACUCUCCCGUGUUAUGCAGACACUCAAAGCGGCGUCAGGGAUGUGACGUGGCUCCAUAAUGAACAACACACUCUUCACUUCACUGAAAAUGGAGCCACAAACCCAGGUUAUGAGGAAAGAGUAUCGCUGACAGACGACGGAUUCAGAGACGGAGAUGUGUCUCUGACCAUCACUGGUGUCCAGAAGAGAGACGCGGGAUUAUACCGCUGCUUCGUUCAGGAGGGAAAUACUCAAGGAUACCCACACGCCUACAUGCUGCAUGUCAACGGAGGAAACCAAACUGAGGACAGCGACACUGAGAAACGAGCUCGCAUUGGACUGAUCUUAUCUUUCUCUCUCUUCAUUUGCUUUCUUCUCAUUCUUUCAUGCCGUAAGAAGAAGGCAUCACCCACAGAGGAAACUACAGAUCACGACCCCGUACAGGAGAGUGACCAAAAGCAUUCAACUCAUCCUUUUUAUCCUGGAGAAGAGAUCUAUGAACACUCAAACCUGAGGAUGAACGAUUACAGUCAUUCUAAUAAUGAAACUGACUCAAACACAGAAACAUGAUUGUUAGAGUGUCAUUCAUGAAGCUGGCAGAUGCUUGUUUGAUGCACAGGUACACAAUAUGAAAACUGCCAUCUUGGGAGCACAGAACGUUUUGAACACUGUUGUGAAUUAUUGUGAGCUCAGUUGUGUGUUUACACACGUUCCCUGCGGAUGGAGAGCACUAAAUGUAGAUAGAUGCGAGACUUUUAAUAUUACGUCUCAUAUAAGACAUUAUUUACACAAAUAUAUAUUAAUAUUUCUAAUUGAUUUAAAAUUGUAGUUCAUGAGAAUAACAAAUGUAUGUAUAUAAUGAUAAAUAACAGAUUUUUAGUGGCCUCUUACUGUCUCCUCCUGAGUUUAUUAUCAGUCACCAUUCACUUUCUUUAUUUUCAGUCACCAUUGAGAAUGUGUGAGUGUAGAAAUGCACAUAGCCUCUUUUGUGUUUCUCCAUAACUGCUGUAUGUUGUUUUUCUUUUAUUCUUAGCCGCCUUAUCCCUGUUUUUCUUUGUUACAUUACAUCAAAGUUACAUUAUGAAUUUGUCUUGUUGGACCUGUAUUAAGGAGUGAGAAAUGAUUGCUUUUACUCAAGGUUUUACAUCCUCGAAUAGUCGGGAUGUGACUUGUUUGUGUGACAGUUCUUCUCACGGUUGUGCAGGCUGUUGAUAACUGAGAGGAACUGGAAAGCAGCGGAGUCGCUAUGGAUUCGGGGCCCAUUGCACAUGUUUUUCUAUGAGGCCCCUCUCAUCCUCCGUCCCCCUUUUCCCUCCGAUUGUGAUGCCUCUGCUCCUGUAUGACCCUGUCAAUCUGUAUUUAACUGUGUGUUGCAUAUUAAAGGGAGAGAGGCAAAUAAGAAAAAAAAAAUAGAAAGAGGACUUUUUUUCCCCCUGGUUGUUAAUAGUUUGUUGUUGUUGUUGUUAAUGUCUAUUGUAAGUUACUGACUUGUGUUUUUGCUUUUGUAUUUGUACAAUAAUAAAAAAGA